AUGGCGGCCACCGAAAACCCCAUCUCCAAUGGAGGCACGGUGGAUGGUAUCGAAUUCGACGUGAAGAUUAAUGGCCAUGAGAUCAAUGGUUCAAAGAUCAAGUCGAAACUAGGAAACCUCCUUAAGCGAAAAAAUCACUCAUCCGGUCUCAACGGCGUCAACGGAUCUUCGGUGGUUCAACCGAGGUCGAGUACUACCACAAACACACUUGAUGCGAACGGCUCCACCUCUGCAGGUAUCGUGCGCAAUGGAAGCGCUACCGAGGACGGCAGCAGCAUCAAAACUGGUUCAAGCGCUGUCGAAUUCUCAGGCGAAUAUACCAGGUCUACCAUCGGCGUGACUGGAGAGAAUCGCUCUUGGGAAGAUCGUACAUUCGCAUGCCAAAAGCACUAUCGCCCUGCCCGCUUCCCGGAAGCCGUGGGGGCUUUGCCUUUCCCACGGGAGGUUCGUGACCUGGUCGCCUGGACGGAUUCCUUUGUCGAGCGUUUGGGAUGGGUUACAAUUCAGAAAGAAGAAGAGGUUGUCGGAUUCAAGACUCGCCUUCGCCAUGCUGAGGACGAGAAGAUCAAAUUCACCAAAGACAUUACCGAUCUUCAGUCCCAGUUAAAAGACACCGAGAAAACCAAUGAGGAUCUACGCCGGGACAGAACCGAGUUAUUGAGCAGAAUCAAGGUCCUUGAGCUCGAAAAGGCCUCACUUGAUAACCGAAUCAUUGGUCUGAAGGAUGAAAACGCAAAACUCAAUAAGGAUUUGUGGGAUCUCGGCGCACAGAACGAGAUCUUGAGCGAUGCCAACGCGAGUCUGACUCAGAUGGUCAAUACUCUAACCACAGAGUAUGAGCUGGAUGAGAACAGAAUCCGUGAACUCCAGGAGGAAUUGGACAGAUUGAAUGACGAAGAUUUGCGCAGAGGACUAGAACGGGAAACCGUUAUCUCUCAGCUGGAGGCGGCUAACAAAGCCAAGCAGGAUCAGAUUGACAUUCUCACUGCCGCCCUGACCGCUGCUACUGCCGACCUGGUUGUGGCCAAGGAUCAAGUGGACUCAAUCUCCGAAAGUCUCAAGCGGGCAGAGGCUUCCCGAAAUGAAAAGAUUGCAGAGCUCAGAGACGUCAAAGACAAGCUCCGUGCUACAGAAAGCAAGAAUGCUGGCUUGGAUGAACAGAUCAGAGUUCUCAAACGCGAUAUCUCUCACUACGAACAGGAUAUCCGUGUUCUUAAUGCUCAGCUCACCGAGGCCAGCGUUCGCGAGAGCGAAGCACGCGCAGCUGUCGGCGCUGUACAAGACCACGCCAGAACUCACUGGAGCACUCUUCAAAAGAUUCGCGGUGUGGGAGGCUGGUCGCGCCAGAACGACUGGCACGAGUGCGAUACAGCUGGAUCUCCUCCUACUGCAGCCAUUCCUGUUUCUCAUACGGAAGAUCCUUCUAGCAGAUCAGGCGGUGACCCUGGUCAGGGGUCUUUGCGCAAGCCACUUGUACCCAUUGAAACGCCAGUCCCAGUUCAUGGGCGACCGGAUUCUGAGAAGCCCGAAAAGCCAUCGGCUCCUGCUGAUCCCGCUCAGCCGCUCAAGCCUAUUGAGACUCCCAAGCCUGUUGAGACUCCCAAGCCUAUCGAGACUCCCAAACCUGUUGAAGCUCUCAAGCCUAUUGAAGAUUUCGCAAAUCCGGAACCUAUCCGAGCACCUGGACUCCCAAGAUCGGAUGAUGAUGAUAAGUCGGCAGCGCCAGUUCAAUCUACUCAACCGACCGCACCCGCCGACAUUCCUAUGAUCCCAGAGCCUGUUGAAACUCCCAAGCCAGUAGCGCCUGCUGAACCUGUGGAACCCGCAAAAACAUCCGAGCCUGAUGUCCCUACUCAACCGCCAUCUGUCUCGGCUCCGAAGACACCAGAGCCUAUUGAAUUCACCGAGCCAGUAGCACCCGUCCAAAAGGAUGACCCACCAAAAGUGAUCGACGCUCCCAUUGAGCCAGUGGCUCCCAAGGAAUCCGACUUGCCGCCACCUACCUCACCAGCACUCAACCCAGUCCGAGAGCCUUCUGCACCAGUCGAGCCCUCACCAAAGCCGACUGACCCGAUACCACCUGUGGCUUUUGAACCUUUGGAAUCCCCCGAACCGGACUUUGGUGGACCUGAGGGUAAUGUGGUCGCCAUCAUGGUGGAAGAAGGCCCCAUGGACCCGGCUUUCACGGAAGGGAUCACCAUGAGCGCCCUGGGCCGGGUGGCCCACCAGGACCACCAGGACCUCAUGGACCUCAUGGACCAGGUUUCGAGGGACCAAGAAGAGACCACCCCGGGCCUCCGGGACCUCAUGGACCAGGCUUCCAGGGUCCUGGAGGUGACCGUCUCGGGCCACCAGGACCUCCAGGUCCGGGCUUUCAUGGCCCAGGGCGUCAUGAGCGUCAUGGAUCCGAGGGCUCUGACUUUGACGGGCCCCCCUCAUGGCGGACCAGGCGGACCCGGUGGCCCACGGGACCAACGUCGUAAGCGUCGCCAUGAUAAAUGA